AGCAGGAAAACAGCCUCCCUCCUCCUCUGCUGCUCUGAUAAAAUCCUGAACACUGAGCCUCAGACUGUCAGUCUUCUGUGAACAGGACAAAGCAGGCUGCAGCCAUUAUGUCACUAACACAUCGCCAGUGCACCAUCGAGAUUGUGAAUGAGAGCAGCUACACUCUGUGUAACCCCAGUGUGCACAUCUUCAGCGGAGGCUGUGACACUCCUUUGCCAUCAAGACUCCGCCCCCAUGAAUCUGGCAGCGCUCUGUUCUCCAAGACUGCUCACACAGCAUGUGGAUCUGUUGGCGUCUUCACCUACGACCUGCAGCAUCAAUCUACACACCAAGCUGACAGGAAAAUUGCUGUCAUGUUCUCUGUUCCUUAUGACUUCAACCUUUACUUCAACUGGCAUGCGGUCGGAGUCUUUGACAAGAAAACUGCCUGUGAUGAAAGCCUGUACAAUGAAAUGUAUUACAAUGCACAGAAAGGGUUCAUCAGGGGGAAAGCGAAUGGCCCCACUCUGACAUACAGGCAUGAUCAUGUUACCAUUAAAUCAACCAUGACAGACACUUAUGAACCGAUCCUGAAGGUCAAUGUAAGCAACGUCUGAACAAUGACGGUAAACUCACCAGAGUCAGUGGUCGUGUUUUCCUGCUCCUGAUACAGGAUGUUUCAGAGCAGCUCUGUGAUCCUUUGUUUUCUGUGCC